AUGAAGUUUACCACUCUUCAGACCGCCGCCGUCGCUGCUGUCGCCGCCGCAGCCGUUGGCCAGGCUCGCCCUAUCAACAACUCGGUCAACCAGGUCAUCGCCGACGAGGGCGAGCACCACUUCGACUACGACGGCCACGGCCACGGCCACGGUUUCCACGAGGGCGAACACUACGAGCACGAGCACAAGAGCAUCCCGCAUGCGGCGGGCAUCGACGCCGAGGGCAGUUUCAACAGCGCAGCGAGCGGAAACGAUGGAGGAGCCAACGUUGCCGUGGCAGACAACAUCCUCAACGGUGUCCUCUCUCGUCGAGGCGGACGUGGUCCCAUCGACGCAGAGGGGUCCUUCAACUCGGCCGGCAGCAACAACGAUGGCGGUCUGAACGUACCAGUGGCAAACAAUAUUCUCAACGGCGUUCUUUCACGUCGAGGAGGAUUCGGCACCGACGCCGAGGGCAGCUUUAACAGCGCAGCCAGUGGGAACGACGGUGGAGCCAACAUUGCAGUGCUCGACAACCUGCUCAACGGCGUUCUCUCACGCCGAGGAGGACGAGGCAUCGACGCCGAGGGCAGCUUUAACAGCGCAUCUAGUGGGAACGACGGCGGAGCCAACGUGGCCGCUCUCGACAACAUCCUCAACGGCGUCCUGUCUCGCCGUGGCUUGGGCAGCGGUAGCUUCGAGGGCUCGGGCAACUCGGCAGCCGAUGGUAACGAUGGCGGAGCCAACGUUGCCGCUCUCGACAACAUCCUCAACGGCGUCCUGUCUCGCCGUGGCUUGGGCAGUGGUAGCUUCGAGGGAUCUGGCAACUCGGCCGCAUCGGGCAAUGAUGGCGGCCUCAACGUCGCCGCCCUCGACAACAUUCUCAACGGCGUCCUGUCUCGCCGCGGUGGUGGCAGCAGCUUCGAGGGAUCGAGCAACUCGGCAGCCGAUGGUAACGAUGGCGGAGCCAACGUCGCCGCUCUCGACAACAUUCUCAACGGCGUUUUGAGCCGUCGAGGCGGUGGUAUCGACGCCGAGGGGUCUUACAACUCGGCCGCAUCGGGCAAUGAUGGCGGAGCCAACGUCGCUGCCCUCGACAAUAUUCUCGACGGCGUUCUGAGCCGUCGAGGCGGAGGUAUCGACGCCGAGGGGUCUUACAACUCGGCCGGUAGCAACAACGAUGGCGGCUUGAACGUACCCGUGGCAAACAAUAUUCUCAACGGCGUGCUUUCGCGUCGAGGUGCCGGUGGCGAGGCCAACGGAUACGGCGGCUCGGCGUGGCAGUGGCAGCAGAACCACCCGGUCGUCUCGGGUGGCGGCAAUUCGGUGACGGCCGGCGGGCCGCAGGGCGCCGACGACAGCGGCCGGGGCGGCGACAUCAGCGACAACGAGCGCCGCGGUGGUGGCGCGUACGGCGAGUCGAACGGCUAUGGCGGCUCGUCGUGGCAGGGACAGGCCAACCACCCGGUCGUGAGCGGAUGGGGCAAUUCGGUCACCGCCGGUGGUCCCCAAGAGGCCGACAACAGCGGAAGCGGCGGCAGGAUCGGCGACGACGAGGAGGGCGGACACGGUGGUCGUCCCUUCCGUCGUCGCGGCGGCUACGGCGGCGAGGCCAUCGGCCAGGGCAUCGAGCAGUUCGCCUCGGUCGAUGCUGUCGGCGGCAAGUCGUUCCAGUAUGGCAUCAACGGUGACGCCAUCGCCGACACGUCGGCCACGGCCGGCAUCGCCAACCAGUACGCCUCCAACGACGCCGACCAGGGCCAGGCCGGCUACGGCUACCACAAGAGGUCCAACGCCAACCAGGCUGCCUCGGCCGAUGCCUGGGGAGGCGACAGCUUCGACCUCCAGUACAACGUCGCCAACCCCAUCAGCGGCGACGGCAAGAGCGUCACCAUCGGUGGACCCCAGAUCUCCAACAACGCGGCUCAGGGUGGCGCCAUCGGACAGGAGGUCGGCGACGAGGAGGAGGCCCAGUACCAGCACGGUGGUUACCACUAA